UCUCGCAAAGUCAAUGGGGUCCCGUACAACUGUCCAGCUUCAUUCAUGAUUGGAUAAUUCUCAUCGACGCCGAGUAGCCGGGCGAAGCUGUAUAUGUACAAUACAGGUAUGUAGCAAGGUCUAGCUACGGGUUAUCCCUUCCGCAAGCAUAGGACAUGCAUAUGCAGCCUGAUGGCCCCUGAGAAGAUGGCGGCCAAAAAAGCCAUCAUUUGUCGGUUGCGUCUUAAAGGCAUCUUCCAGCUUUGCUCAUUUACUUGUCCUCCAUGAUAUCGAAGUUCCCCUUGUUCGAAAAUAUUUAUCUGAAGUCGUCAAAUAUAUGAGGAAUCCGUCUUGGCUAUCUUAUAUCAGAUACUUAUGGUUGUACGGAAUACAAUCCAUGUCUAUUACAUUGUCAAGGACUCGCAUUUCUAUAGCUUGAUUUGAACACCCUUUGCAUCAAGAGGCUGAAGGAUCACGGAGCGAUAAUGUCUACUCAUUACUAUCCACCGCCUCCCGGCACCAAUGGCCCACCAGCAUCACAGGGGAACUAUCAACCGCCUACCUCUCCUCCUGCGAACAAGUCCAAAUUCUACCCGCCGCCGCCAAGCACACCCGGUUACGCUGGACAACAGACUCACGGACAAGGCUAUCCUACACCUCCGCAACAAACGUACACAGCUCCUCCACAACAACAAUAUCCUGCGCCCCCACAACAAGGCGUAUCUCCACCGCCCAAAGCUAUAACGCCUAUUUACCAACCUCCGCCUCCUCAGCCAGCACAACAUGGAGCCCUGCCGAUUCGAAAUGAAGGUGCUCCCACGCCACCAAAUGGAGCCGCGCCCGCAUACGGGGAUAUAGUACACAACGUCCCAGAGGGGUUCCCGAACGAGAAGGCACAGAGUAUUCUAGGAACGGGGCCGGCGCAUUCUCGGGCAGCAUCAAAUCCUGUGGCAGCGCCUCCGCCUACGCAGGGGCCUCCAGCCGCGCAAUUCCAAGGCGCCGCCGCGACUUUAGACGAUGUGGGAACGUUCAAUGGCGGCUCAUACCGCAUCAGUCAUAGGGACUGUAAUACGAUAAUCACGAUCCAACUGGCGAUGGGAUGCCCGAUAGCCGCGAAGCCUGGAGUACUGAUUGCUAUGAGCCCCACUAUCACGCUGAAGGGCGAGUACAAGUUCAGCAUGAAGAAAUUGAUGGCCAGCGGCAGCGAGUUAGGUCACUCGACAUUUAUCGGCCCCGGUGAGCUGCUGCUGGCGCCCGGUAUGCUCGGCGAUAUGACCACCAUCCGUUUAACAGGAGAGGAAUCGUGGAGCGUUGGCAAAGAUGCUUACGUUGCUAGCACUCAAGGCGUCAUCCGCGACUAUAAGCGCCAAGGACUCGGUAAGGCUAUGUUUAGCGGGGAAGGUCUAUGGGUGCACAAGAUUAGUGGUGUUGGUCUGCUCUGGAUCACUAGUUUCGGCGCAAUUAUCCGCAAGGAUCUUGCUGACGGCGAGAAGUAUAUCGUUGACAACGGACAUCUGGUUGCUUGGAACGUUAAAUAUGUCAUGGAACGUGUAGCUAGCGGCGGCAUCAUAGGAGGACUUGCUAGCGGAGAGGGGUUGGUCUGUAAAUUUACAGGACCUGGCACCGUGUUCCUCCAAACGAGAAACCCGAGAGCGUUCAGUGCCUAUAUGGCGGGCAACGCGACACCGCCGUAAAGGCAUAUACUAACGAAGCUACCAUUCGACUAAAAAUUGAUGUUUCUAGUUGUGUUUAUAGGAAAACUACAUGUAGCGUUUGGGAAUCCAUGAAUUGGAUAUGUACCUUUUAAUGUUCCCCUUGCCUUAGUUAAGGGGUGUUUGUAAUGGAAUAUGUUUACUCUCUGAGCUUAAGCACGAAUAUUACGUAAGAUUUGUAGGUUAGUUGCUUUCAGCUGGCAGACAACUGCCACUUAUCAGACAUUCUUUAAAUAUCACAACCUACAUAGCCCCCCCCGUACAUUGUACAUACAUCCAAC